AUUUGCCCAAAACAAUCUGGUCAAUCAUAAAACCUCUACGCGCCGCCUGUGUGCAGCGCAAGAAAUCUUGUGUUCAAAGAAACCAUACUAUAUAUUCCGUUGUAGCAAAAACAACAACAUACAUUCCCAGAUUAGCUCUCAUUUUCUGUGGUCAUCUUCGUUUAAUCUCUUGUUUAGCUUGAUGUGAAGAUUUCUCUUGGGUGAAUCAUUUUGAGCAUUUCAAUUGCUUUUUGUAAAAAAGUCGCAAGGAUGAUGAGAAUUGAUUUUAGUGGGAUCGAAUCAACUGCCCCUUUUCGUGUGGAGAAUUCUGAGUUGUUUGAUGGAAUUCCGAGAGCCCCAUCUUUCCAGAUCCCAAAUGCUACUGAUUUCGAUGGGUUUCAGAAGGAAGCGAUCCAAAUGGUGAAGCCUGCUAAGGGAACCACCACCUUAGCCUUUAUUUUUAAGGAUGGUGUGAUUAUGGCAGCUGAUUCUCGUGCUAGUAUGGGAGGAUACAUAUCAUCACAGUCUGUGAAAAAGAUCAUUGAAAUAAAUCCAUAUAUGCUGGGCACACUGGCAGGAGGUGCUGCUGAUUGCCAGUUCUGGCACAGGAAUCUUGGAGUCAAGUGUCGUCUCCAUGAGCUGGCAAAUAAAAGAAGAAUUUCAAUUGCUGGAGCUUCAAAGUUGUUGGCUAACAUUUUAUAUUCUUACCGUGGAAUGGGCUUAUCAGUUGGAACUAUGAUCGCUGGUUGGGAUGAAAAGGGUCCAGGACUAUAUUAUGUGGAUAGUGAAGGUGGACGGCUAAAGGGAAACAGGUUCUCUGUGGGAUCUGGUUCUCCAUAUGCUUAUGGAGUUCUGGAUAAUGGGUAUCGAUAUGAUUUGUCUGUUGAAGAAGCAGCAGAGUUGGGAAAACGGGCUAUUUAUCAUGCAACAUUCCGAGAUGGGGCCAGUGGAGGUGUUGCCAGUGUUUAUCAUGUUGGCCCAAAUGGAUGGAAGAAACUAUUGGGUGAUGAUGUUGGAGAGCUUUACUACCAUUACAAUCCCGUUGAGCCUGCAGCAGUGGAACAUGAAAUGACUGAUGUGCCUGUUGCCUGAGACCCCUCCCCCCAAACUGACAGUGUAUCUUGAUUUGACCUGCUUAUUUCCUUUUCCUGUUUCUAUGCACAAUCUUACAUGCUUUGAUUUGAUCAGAUCUGAAGUUGUCAUCCUUCUUGACUAUGUAUCAACACUGUAAUAUUGUUUAUCUGAUUAUGUAAGAGCUCUAGCUCCAAAUUUAGUCAUUUUGAAUAUGAUACUUGAUCAGGUCAUUGCAUGCCUGUAGUUGUAUCAUACUGGAGUCGUUCAUCAGCUUGUUAACAAUUUCUCUUAGAUAUACCUGUAUUCAACAUUUAAACGCAUGAAAACCACAGUUAAGUGUGGUUGGAGAUGAACAACUGUAUUUGCUGGCUGAGAAAAAAGCUAUGGUCAUACGGAUAUUAUAAACACAGGUC